AUGGCAUCCUCCAUUGCGUUUAUUUUGGUUCUAUUUUUAGCAAUCAACAUGGCCCUGCCAACAACACGGGCAGCUAUCCACACCGUUGGAGACACAACAGGUUGGACAAUAGGUGCUGAUUACAGCACAUGGGCUAGCAACUUGACCUUUGUAGUUGGUGAUAGCCUUGUUUUCAACUAUGAAGAUGAUCACACUGUGGAUGAAGUUAAAGAAAGUGAUUACAAAACCUGCACUUGGGGCAAUUCGAUGAGUACAGAUAGCAGUGGCACCACUACUGUUGCCCUUAAAACUGCUGGCACUCAUUACUUCAUAUGUGGUAUUCCUGGCCAUUGUGAGAGUGGCAUGAAGCUUGCUGUUACUGUCAAAGCUAAAGCUAGAAAAGCAGCUGCUCCUGCUCCAACACCAUCACCAUCACCAUCACCAUCACCAUCACCAGCACCAUCACCAUCACCAUCAAGGAAGGGUUCACCUUCUAAUGACACCGCAGAAACACCCAGUACAACCACACCAAUCACCCCCACUACUACCACCACCAAUGCCUCACCACCCAAUACAUCAAAUGUGUCAUCAGCAACCAGUUACUCACCAAUUGUUGCUAUGUUGAUUGUUUCUUGGAUCUCAUACUGUGUGUUGCGUGUAGUAUGA